AGAUGGCCAGUCUUCCUAAGGACGAAAUGUUCUCCUUCAGUGACCAGUUUGAUCUCAAAGCAUUAGGAAUGAGACUUAAGCUUGAGCACAAACUGAUAGGAUUUACAUCAGAGAGAUGGAAGUCCUUAGAAGAUCUGGAGAACGUUUACAAACCCCCGCACUUCCCGAAACCAAGUGUGAUGGAAAACUGGAAGUCAGAUAAGGAGUUCGGUAAUCAGAGACUAACAGGAUGCAACCCUGCUAUGAUCCGACUUUGCACCAAGAUACCGCCCAAUUUCGCCGUGGACGAGAAGGACGUUGAACCUCUUCUCGAAGGCCUAAAUGUGUCGGAAGCCAUCAAGAAGAAGCGUCUUUUCAUCAUCGAUCUCAAGCUCCUCAAGGACUUGCCUUGUACAGAUGGGCGAAAGAUCCCUGCACCCAUUGCGCUUUUCUUCGUCAACAAAGACAAAUAUUUGAUGCCGGUCGCUAUUCAGUUGAAUCAAGACCCAGCUCCAAACAAUCCGGUGUUCUACCCGACUGAUCCCGAGUACACGUGGCUCUUGGCCAAGUGUUACUUCAACUUGGGCGAGGCUGCCAUCCAUGAGUCGGGAUCCCAUCUUGGAUUCACGCAUCUUAUUGGUGAAAUCAUCGUCAUAGCAACGCAUCGUUCCCUGUCUCCAUCUCAUCCCAUCUUCCGUCUUCUUGCUCCUCACUUCUUGUACCUCCUCGCCAUCAACUACAAAGGUAUGACGCCUUUGCUUGCAGCGGGCGAAUUCACCGACUUAAAUAUGACCAUUGGCGCCGUCGGUAUGGCAGAUAUCAUCAAACGCACCUUCUCUACAUGGCGAUUCGACGUAGAGGGCUCCCUUCCGACUGACCUUCUUGUAAGGGGCGUCUCUGACCCUGAAGUGCUACCGAACUACCAUUACCGUGAUGACGCCUUGCUCCUACGCGAAGCAAUAUACGACUACGUCAAGGAAGUUGUGGACCACCAUUACGAUGUUCCCGGGAAGAUAGCUGCCGACCAUGAAUUGCAGGAAUGGAUCCGGUUCAUGGGGACCAAGCCCAAAUUUGAGGGAGAGGUCAUAGGUUACAUGAAGGGACUUCCUAAUGAUGGCCAUUUUAAAACCGCAGAAGAGAUCACCACCGUUGUUACGGAUUGUAUCUUCAUCUUUAGCGCUGCUCAUGCUGCAGCGAACUUCGGCCAGUAUAAUAACUAUGGUUUUCCCCCGGCCUACCCUCUCUGGAUGAAUGGAUCCCCACCGCAAGAUAAGACUCCUCUCACGGAGGCCGACAUCAUUGAGCAGCUGCCCAACAAGGAACAGACCCUAGACAUCAUGGCAUUCAUGAAGCUACUCAGCACUCGAGGCAGCAAGCCUCUGGGAGACUUUGAGGUGCAGUACAUGCAUGGUGCUACCUAUCAAAAGGCCUUAAAGAAAUUCCGAGCUGAACUCAAACGCAUUGGAGACAUAAUCGACAAACGGAAUGAGACAAGAGAAGAGAAGUAUCUUUGGCUUCAUCCACGCGAAGUGCCCAACUCUAUCACAAUCUAGCUCCUAAAUGUCAAGAGAGGAAAUACAUCAAAUGGCUAUUGACUUCGAGUAAAAAUAGAAUAAAGUUCGUUGUGGAUGACCAUGUUGUUAGUCGAUCUUUUAAUGGUUAUGGAUUAAUCUUUUGAAGAUACACAUGUACACAGAAUAGAGACUUCGUGAAAAACAAGUGUGCGAUGUUCUGCUUGCGUAAAUGUUAGAUAAGGUCUAUACAAUAUAUAUAUAUAUAUAUGUUAAGAAAAUUCUAACUUUUGAACAUUUUGUUUUUCAAGUCAUAACCUUUAAUUUAAAAAAACGUUGUGUUCCUUGAUUCUACAUGUAUUUACAUCGUUUUUUGAUAUUCUGUGUCAUGGUCAUGUUUUUAUAUCUAGUAUGUAUGCUAAGACAUUUUUUUUACCACGGGGAUUUGCAUGUACUGUAUGUACUCAUUCUUUAUAUUCUGUGUCAUGGUCAUGUUUUUAUAUCUAGUAAUUAAGAAUGUUUGUUUCCACGAGGUUUUUAUGUUUGUACUCAUUCUUAUAUAUUCUGUGUCAGGGUCAUGUUUUUAUAUCUAGUACGCUAAGAGUUUGUGUUUCCACGAGGUUUUCCUGUAUGCACUCAUUUUUUAGCAAGGCCAUGGAUAAUAGAAUAACAUCUUUUGAAAUGUGGAUUUACAGAAAAAUGAUGAAAAUAUCCUGGAAAUGAAUGAAAACCAACAAUGAGAUUUUGCACAUGCCAGGGUGUAAACAAAAUGCACUAGUAGGAUUAGUUAAGGAAA